AUGUUGGUAAAUGAUUUUACUCUCUGAAAUUGGCAAGACUGGCGUUUUGACAGAUCAGGUUAUACACAGCACACAGCGUAUACAGCAUCUGGUGCGGCUAUGUAAACAAAAUUGUUUAUGUGGUAACGGCAAGAACAACGUGCGCGAAAUGAAAAUUAUACGGUAGAGAGACGUCAAUUGAAUGUAAUUUUGCUUUUCUGAAAAUGCAAAUUGCAAAUGUGAUAGAGUGACAAUAUCGUUGCAGCAAGUAUCGUUGUCAGGAUGAAAGUAACGACUUUGAAAGGCAUUUUUCCCGAUCCAAAGCCAGUCAGAAGGAAGAACUUCAUACAGGAAAAUGUGAAAAAUCUACGGCGAAUGGAAAAAUGCUUUCAAACCAAUCGAGAGGUGGAAGAGCUACAAAAACUACAACUGCACAACCAUCACAAGCUGACAGAUAGAUAUCAGAAUGUAUCCGCAAGGGUGGUCACUAGUUUCCGGGAGAAAAACAAACAUGAAAGCAAUCAUAUCUGUCAAGUCUCAAAAAAUAACAUUCAUUCGAAAACUAAUAAUCCAACAUCGAUUGACAAGGUGGAGAAUGAAGCACAAAUUCAAGAUGGAAACAAUAUACUGGAAUUAGACAAAAAGCAUGCUGUUAAGAAAAUUGUUAAACAAGGGAUAAAUAAUAAUACAUCAGAUAGACAAAAGAAAACUAGUAAAUAUAAUAAGAGUCAACAGAAAGUGCAGCCAAAAAUUUUAUCUGAACCAAAUGUCUUGCAUAAAUCUGAAAAUGACAUGAAUGCACAGGUUAUUGUAAAAUAUAGAAAUCAAGGGGUUCAGACUUUAGAUACAGACCAAACGGAAAGUAUAUAUUCUGAAGGCGUUAUUCGAUAUCCCUCCAAGAAAAUUACAAAACAUGAUGAAACAGCAAAUGGUGACUUAAAUCCACAAGAGGAAAGUACUUUAAGGAAUCAAUUCAGUUCACCUACAGAUAGAGGCGACAUGCGUAAUCUCGAAGAUAUGCAAAAUGUUCAUUUACGAAAUUCUGUAUCGCCGGCACCUAGGGAAGAAAUUGACUUUAUCAAAUUGAAUAAAGAACGUUCUUCCAUUGCCACUAAAUUGGCGACGCAGCUUAACAAUGGUGUACCACCACCGAAUUAUCGCAAGGGUGUUAUUCCUAAAUAUCUUCGAGAUAGAAAGGAAGCGCAAGAAAAAGAGCAAAAGACUAAGGCAGAAUCGCAUUCUGAUUGUCCAGAAGGUCAUGUGUCCAUACCUGACCACGAACGUAAGGAAACGCUGCGACUAUUAAAAAAAAAUUAUCAAGAUUACGUCAAUGAAUUAAAUAUGAUGCCUAUAAAAACAGAUACUUUAAGAGCACAGAGACGUAAGAUUGAAAUAGAGAAGCAAUUGAAUAAACUGGAAGAGGGAAUCAAGGUGUUCUCGCGUCCCAAAGUUUAUGUGAAAAUAAAUGCAUAAAUUACAACUCAGAAUAGGAUGCACGUUUAUUGAUUAUUAUUCGACUAUGUUUUAAUGCAUUGC